CCCAAAAAAAACCACAAAAGCAAAAGAAACCAAACCACACCUCUUUCCGUCCUCCUCCCUCUCCACCACCAAACCCUAAACGACGACCUUUUUCUGGCAACCGAUGCUCUAAUUUCACGAUUCCAUUCGUGGAUCCGGUUCACACAGGUGUAAUGCUGCUGGCAAUUAUGCAAACAUAUUUGAUGGAUAAUGAUCACAGAGACUGAUAAAAUGUCUGCUCCUUCUUCAUGGGAGCGAGCCCAACGUUGGUUUGACAAGAUUACUGAGUUGGAGAGUAGGCGACGCAGGUCUGCCCAAGCGCGAGUUCCGUCAGAUCCCAAUGCCUGGCAACAGAUACGUGAGAAUUAUGAAGCUAUAAUUCUUGAGGACCAUGCAUUUUCAGAGCAGCACAAUGUUGAGUAUGCUUUGUGGCAGUUACAUUACAAGAGGAUUGAAGAAUUGCGGGCACACUUCAGUGCUGCUAUGGCUUCUACAGGCUCAAAUUCAACACAAGGUUUGAAGGGUACUACUCGACCUGAUCGGAUUGCAAAAAUAAGAUUGCAGUUUAAAACAUUCCUUUCUGAAGCAACUGGAUUUUAUCAUGAUUUAAUAGUGAAGAUCAGAGCAAAGUAUGGGCUUCCUCUUGGCUAUUUUUCUGAGGAUUCUGAAAAUCGAAUUGUUAUGGACAAGGAUGGAAAGAAAUCUGCUGACGUGAAGAAAGGUUUGAUAUCAUGCCACCGCUGUUUGAUUUACUUGGGCGACCUUGCACGCUACAAAGGACUGUAUGGAGAGGGGGACUCUAAAACUCGUGAGUAUGCUGCUGCCUCAAGUUACUACUUGCAAGCUGCAUCUUGUUUACCAUCAAGUGGGAACCCUCAUCAUCAGCUUGCUAUAUUGGCCUCUUAUUUGGGGGAUGAAGUGGUGACUGUUUAUCGAUAUUUUCGUAGCUUGGCGGUGGAUAAUCCCUUUUCGACUGCAAGAGAUAACUUGAUUGUGGCAUUUGAGAAGAAUCGCCAGAGUUACUCUCAACUGUCUGGUAAUGCUAAUGCUUCUGCACUGAAAGAGAUGCCUGCACGAUUGACUGGAAAAAGUAGAGGAAAAGGGGAAUCAGUACCUGCUAAAGAUAAGAAUUCAGAAGUGGGCCUCUUAAGGGAAAGAUCAUCCAGUAACCAGGAGAAAUACAAAGCAUUUUCAAUUCGUUUUGUUCGUCUAAAUGGCAUUUUAUUCACGCGCACUAGCCUGGAAACAUUUGCAGAAGUGCUCUCUGCUGUAAGCAAAGGUUUUUCUGAGCUUCUAUCUUCUGGAGCAGAAGAGACGCUUUUUGAUGCCGAUGGUAUUGAGAAUGGACUGGUCAUUGUCAGGCUGGUCUCUAUACUGAUAUUUACAGUUCAUAAUGUGAAAAAGGAAAGUGAAGGACAGUCGUAUGCAGAAAUUGUACAACGUCCUGUUCUACUGCAGAAUGCAUUUACUGCUGUCUUUGAGUUGAUGGGGCAUGUCUUAGAGAGAUGCGUGAAUCUGGGUGAUCCAACUUCCUGUUAUCUGUUACCAGGCAUUUUAGUUUUUGUAGAAUGGUUGGCUUGUUGUCCCGACGUAGCAGUGGGCAGUGAGGCAGAUGAAAAUCAGUCUUCUUUUAGAGAAAAAUUCUGGAAUGCUUGCAUACUCUUGUUGAAUAAUCUCUUGUCAUCUGUCCCAAUGUCCUUAGAUGACGAUGGAGAUGAAACUUGUUUUAAUAAUAUGAGCAGAUAUGAAGAAGGGGAAACUGAGAAUCGCCUUGCUCUGUGGGAGGAUUUUGAAUUGAGAGGAUUUAUUCCACUUCUUCCAGCACAGACAAUAUUGGAUUUCUCGAGGAAGCAUCCUUUUGGAAGUGAUGGCCAGAAGGAAAAAUUGGCCCGUGUUAAAAGGAUCCUGGCGGCAGGCAAGGCUUUGGCAAAUAUGGUUAAGGUUGAUCAAAAAGCCAUUUAUUUUGAUUCCCAGGCAAAGAAAUUUGUUAUUGGUGUUGAGCCUCCAAUGAAUAGCAAUUAUAUGCCUACUUCCUUAGGCAUUUCCAAUACCAAUGAUAAUCUGGAAGAAAAUAAGCCGGAGGACACCACGAAUUUGGGAGUUCCAUUUCAAAAGCCAGAGACAACCAUGGAUGGGGAUGAGGAAGAUGAAGUGAUAGUUUUUAAGCCAAUGGUGGCUGAGAAGAGAUCUGCAUGGGAAAUUCCCCAGCCUUUGGAACCGCCGGUCAGAUCAGAAGAGAUAUCUCUUGCUAACAACCUAAAGAGUUUGGGGUUGAUGGGGAAUGGACAAGUGCUGAAAUCUGAGCAUGUAUCAAGUUCACUUCCAUUUCAACAUCCUGUCAACGGUAGUACUAGUAGUAUGUUCUACAGUCAUGCUAGGGCUCCAGAAGCUUUGUUGCCGUUUAAGGUUGAUAUUGUUGCCUCUUCUGGACCACCUGUGGAGGGUUUGACAUUGAAGACAUCAUCAGCUUUCCCUGCUGCUAUCCGAAAAAAUCCAGUUAGUCGACCUGUUAGGCACCUUGGUCCUCCACCUGGUUUUAGCCAUGUUCCCGCUAAACAAGUCAAUGAGUCGAUGGGUGAAAAUCCGCUGAUGGAUGAUUACAGCUGGUUGGAUGGGUAUCAUGUGCCAUCUUCAACUAAAGGAAACAUGUUCAGUAGUUCCCUUAACUACUCUUCUCAUCCAAAUCUCCAUCGUGUUCCUAAUGGAAAUGGCUUAAAUGGACCAGUGAACUUUCCCUUUCCGGGUAAACAGGGCCUAUCAAUGCCUUUCCAAGCAGAAAAUCAGAAAAGCCAGCAAGAUUUUCAUAUGCUUGAGGAUCUCAAACUUCACCACGAAAUGCAGCUGCAGCAACAGCAACAAUUUGUAAAUGGAAAUCCGCAGUUGAACCCACAACCUGAGCAAUAUCAAGGACAGCCUGUCUGGACAGGCCGCUAUUUUGUGUGAUGCCAGUAUCAAUGUGAUGGUUCUUGAGGAUGAAUUGGUGGAUGUCCGUAUUGCCUUUUGCUGCCAAAUUCAAACUCCAACUUUGAAUCUUUGUCAAUGUUAAUUUUCUGUUGGAGCAUUGGUGGUUUGGCUUCUUGCUGGAGCUUACAAAUACCCAGGUUUUGUCAAGCUCUCCAGCCCGGAGGAUGACGAUUAUGGAUACAUGUGUCAUGGUGCGAUGUUCGUUACAAGUAAAUCCCUUGUCUGGUUGCUUGGGUAAGGAUAGAGAACGUGUUAAUAAGAUCAUCUGUUGAUUUUACGACUUUGGCCUCCAGCAAUUCGUCGAGUAAUAAAGGUGUAGUGACUCAGUUAACUGUUGAAGCAUAUCUUGCUUUUGAUAUUUAUCGUCAGCUUGGAGGUGAUAAUAUGUAAUUCUACUUGAGUGCUAUCGUGCAACAAGCUUUGUUGAGCUUAUGAUGGGUAUUGGGUACGAAUAAUGGGACGGUAGGUAUGAAAUAUUGCAGUUUGAAGAGAAAUUAUGCCGUGAGUACAAGGUGUUGGUCUUGGUGUCCUGUUUGAGACAAGUUAUGUUUUCAUGAGUUUAGAACAAAGGAGAUAUUAUCUAAACCUGCACGAGUGGGGAGUGUCAUGUAAUAAUAAUUGUGGAUCACAUCGACUGUCAGACCAUAUUGCCCUCUGUCUGGUUUUAUUUUAUUUUUGUUUGUUCAAUGA